CACCGUUUAAAUGAGCAGGAGGAGUGUCGGAGUGAGCACUCCGCUCGGAUUUAACUGCAGCAAGCCCAAAGCAUCACUCCAGCUGAGAAACUUACGUUCAGAACUGUGUCCAACAAUCAGGAGGAAGCGUGAAUCAUGUGCGGGAUCUUUGCUUACCUGAACUACCAAGUUCCUCGCACCAGGAAGGAGAUAUUUGAGACGCUGGUAAAGGGACUGCAGAGGCUGGAGUACAGAGGGUACGAUUCAGCAGGCAUUGCUGUGGACAGCCCUCACAAGACAACCAGUGACAUCAACAACAGCAUCUGCUUAAUUAAGAAGAAGGGCAAAGUCAAGGCUCUGGAUGAGGAGAUACAUCAGAAAGAGUUGCUAGACCUGGACGAGGAGCUGCACACACACUUUGGCCUGGCACACACUCGCUGGGCCACACAUGGAGAACCAAGUGCUCUCAACAGCCACCCUCAUCGCUCUGACAAGAAUAAUGAGUUUGUCGUCAUCCACAAUGGCAUCAUCACCAACUACAAGGAGCUGAAGAAGUACCUGAUCACCAAAGGAUAUGAGUUUGAGUCGGACACAGACACGGAAGUGAUCCCAAAGCUGAUCAAAUACAUUUAUGACAAUCGAGAGAACAACAGCAUCACCUUCUCCACACUGGUAGAGCGAGUAAUCAAACAACUGGAGGGAGCUUUUGCCCUGGUGUUCAAAAGCCGUCAUUACCCUGGAGAGGCUGUGUCUACCAGGAGAGGAAGUCCACUGCUCAUCGGUGUGCGAAGCGAACACGAGCUACACACCGAGCACAUCCCCGUCCAGUACAACAACGCAGGUCACUUCAAGGAGGAAGUGCAAGAAAAGAACAGCCACAACAAGUCCGACAGCUCCAAUGCCAUCAACUCCGUUGGGGAUGGCAAGGCCGUGGAAUACUACUUUGCAUCUGAUGCAAGCGCCAUUAUCGAGCACACCAACAAGGUGCUGUACAUGGAGGACGAUGACAUCGCUGUAGUGAAAGGAGGGAACCUCUCGAUCCACAGGAUGAACCGGCAGGCCGGUGAGGAUCCAGUGAGGGCAGUUCAGACCCUCCAGAUGGAGCUGCAGCAGAUCAUGAAAGGAAACUUUGAAGCCUUUAUGCAGAAGGAGAUCUUUGAGCAGCCAGAGUCGGUUGUCAACACCAUGAGAGGGAGGAUUUGUUUUGACACCAACGCAGUGGUUCUUGGUGGACUGAAGGACCACCUGAAGGAAAUCAAGCGCUGCAGACGGUUAAUCAUGAUUGGUUGUGGCACAAGCUUCCACGCUGCAGUCGCUACCAGACAGAUCCUCGAGGAGCUGACAGAACUUCCUGUCAUGGUGGAGCUGGCGAGUGACUUCUUAGAUCGCUAUACCCCUGUCUUUAGAGAUGAUGUCUGCUUCUUCAUCAGCCAGUCAGGAGAAACAGCAGACACUCUGAUGGCUCUGCGCUACUGCAAAGAUCGCGGUGCUCUCACAGUUGGCAUAACAAACACCGUGGGGAGCUCCAUUUGCAGAGAAACCGACUGUGGAGUUCACAUCAAUGCAGGACCAGAGAUAGGAGUGGCUAGCACCAAGGCCUACACCAGUCAGUUUGUGGCUCUCAUCAUGUUUGGUCUGAUGAUGAGUGAGGACAGACUCUCCCUGCAGAAAAGAAGACAGGAGAUCAUCCAAGGCCUCAAAAUGUUACCUGAGCUGAUCAAAAAGGUGCUGUCGCUGGAUGAGAAGAUCAAAACCAUCGCCAAUGAACUGUAUGAGCAAAAGUCCCUUUUGGUCAUGGGUCGAGGUUACAACUACGCCACUUGCCUUGAAGGGGCACUGAAAAUUAAGGAGAUCACAUACAUGCACUCAGAGGGUAUCCUGGCUGGAGAGCUGAAGCAUGGUCCUUUGGCGCUCAUAGACAAACACAUGCCUGUCAUCAUGAUCAUGAUGCGUGAUGCUUGCUACACUAAGUGUCAGAACGCCCUGCAGCAAGUCACUGCCAGAUCGGGCCGACCCAUCAUCCUCUGCUGCCAGGAAGAUUCAGAGGCGAUAAAAGACGCCUACCAGACCAUCGAGCUGCCACAGGCUGUGGACUGCCUGCAGGGCAUCCUCAGUGUCAUCCCUCUGCAGCUGAUGUCUUUCCACUUGGCCGUUCUGAGAGGAUACGAUGUGGACUGUCCCAGAAACUUGGCUAAGUCUGUGACUGUGGAAUAAUUAUCAUUUGUAAACUCCAGAGAAUUGGCUUUAGAAGAUUCACAGAAAAAUUGUGCAAUCAAGAGUUGUGUGUGUGUGUGUGUGUGUGUGUGUGUGUGUGUUCGUGUGUGUGUGUGUGUGUGUGUGUGUGUGUGUGUGUGUGUGUGUGUGUGUGUGUGAGAGAGAGAGAGAGAGAGAGAGAGAGAGAGAGAGAUAGAGAGAGAGAGAGAGAGAGAGAGAGAGAGAGAGAGAGAGAGAGAGAGAGAGAGAGAGAGAGAAAGAGAGAGAGUGUGUGUAUUGUGUGAAUGGUGAUGUGAGAGAGGUCUUGAAAAACUGAGACAUUUAGAUUAUUGAACUUGAAGUACAGAAAGAAAUGUGACAUCGGACCAAAACCUUAUGAGGGAUUCUGCAAAAACUACAAUCAUACAGCCAAAGUGACCUGCUGUGCCUUGAAUAUGUCACGACACGAGCCAAACUUGCCAUGAGGCUUAGAAGAAGAAAACUUGUUUAUUGAAGUGUUUACAAAUGUGCAAUACUGACACUAAACAUGGAUUAUGAAUGUAUAUAAUCACAGGGCCAUUUUCUGUUUUUGUUUUUUGAAUUUAUUACCUACAGUGGGGUCUUUAUUAUUUUAUUUUAAUUUAAAUGUCAUUGUCAAGAACCAGUUUAUACAGGGUUUACUUCAUUUGUUUCUGUUUUUCUGCUUUUGUUGUCAGGUGAAACCAUAUGAAAUAAAGAGCAGUAAAAUUAAUGUUAA